GUGGAUGGCCCCGGAGCAGGCCAGAUGGAACAGGACAGAACCAACCAUGUUGACGGCAAUAGAUUGAGUCCAUUUUUAAUACCGCAAUCUUCUCACGUUUGCCAGGCAGAGCCUUCUGUGGUGAAGCUACAGAAUGGAAGUCCAGCAACAGAGAGGCCUGAAGUUGAAGUAAAUGGAGACCACAAGCAGCUAUUCACUAAAAGCAACUAUGGAGUGCCCCACCUGAAGGGAAGUCCAAACAAUUGCGUUAGCCCCGACCUUUUACAGGAAAAGAAAGUAUACUCCACAUAUAUGCAAAAUGGUGGGAUAAAACGCACGUUUAGUGAGCCCUCUCUGUAUGGACUUCCUGAGAGCAAGAAAGUGAAACAUGACAAAGAGGUAAACGGAGAACAAGCUGAGCCAGAAGAUAAUAAUGGAAACACGAGCGUCUCUGAUCGUUACAGUGAGAAGAAACCCGAGAGUUUUACAGGACAAGAAAAUGAAGCUUCAGAUUUGAUACAGUCUACAAGGUGCAACAGUGGUGGUUCAGAAAACCCUCAUGACCUUCUGAUUCAGGAUGAGCAGGAGCCGGAAGAUAUUCAUUGCCACAACAGGGACAUUGUCUUACUACUUAAGAACAAGGCGGUGCCAAUGCCUAAUGGUGCUACAGUUUCUGCCUCCUCCAUGGAAAGCAUGCAUGGUGAAAUCCUGGAGAAAACACUGUCUCAAUAUUAUCCAGAACAUGUUUCCAUAGCGAUGCAGAAGAACACAUCUCAUAUCAAUGCCAUUACCAGUCAGGCUACUAAUGAGUUGUCCUGCGAGACAACGCAUUCAUCCCAUACCUCAGGGCAGAUCACUUCCCCACAGACCUCAAACUCUGAGCUGCCUCAAGUGCCAGCUGUAGUGGUUACUAAGGUCUGCAAUGCAGAAGACUCCAGUAAACCACCCGUAUUGCCAGGUAGCUGUUCGCUUCAGAAACCAGAGCUACAGCUACAGCAGCAGAUUCCAGGCUAUGAUCCACACCAGUUAACCAUAGGAAACAGUACUGUUCGUGGAAGCGUAGGGCAGGUUCCCAACCGAGACCUCACUCUAAGUUCCAGCAGUAACCUGCAAGCUCAGAGCACCGCUCUGGAAAGGUUUUCUGAGCAAGCAGAAAAAAAUGGUGCUUUCUUUAAACAGAACUCAACGUUUCACAAAGAUUCCUCCGCUCCUCCUGCUCCAGAAAUGAACAGCGCGCUGUCGGUUGCGGUGCAAGAAGGACACCAUUCCUACGACAACACGUGCGACGAAACUCUUCCUGGGGAGAUAAAGAACGAAGGGCAACAGCAGGGGCCAAUGUCAGAGAGUCCCGGCCUCGGCCAGCAACAGCUUCACCCUCAGCAGAGGCUUCCGCAGCAGGCACAAGCGUCACAACCAGAUGCCAGUGAAAGCGCCCCGCGAGCUGCUGCAGCCGCCCCAGUUCAGCAGCACCCAGAAGAAACGCCACCAGCAACAGAACCUCCCCCCAAAAGCCUGCAGGCGUGCGGAAGCGAGGGCGAGUUCCAGCAGCACUACCGGCGUCUCCCAGGGCAGAGAGAACCCGAGAUUCCUUCCGACAAACAAAAGGACCAAGCGAAAGAGCCUGUGCAGCAGGCUCAACGGUAUUCGAAACCAGCCUGGAUAGAACUGGUUUCCACCCAGUUCCGCCAGGGAGAGCCUCCCCAAAAGCCCAGCGAAGCAUUACUGCGCUCAAUUCUUCAGUUCCAGGCACGCACAGCCGAAACAGCCUAUACAAAACAGUAUGCUGGAAGUCCUGAUGCAUUAAAGGGGCUUUCAGGGCAGCCCCAGAGCCAGAAGGUAAUGCAACAGGAACAAAUCCCUCCACUGUACCAAAGCGAGACCUCCCAGCUGCAGCCGCGUCCCACAGCUGACCAGCAGCUGCCGUUCCAGAAACACUCGCCGCAGCCACAGCUCACAAAGAUGGAUUCCCUGCUCAAGUCCCAAGUGCAGCAACACCCUCCGCAGCAGCUCCUCUUCCAGCAAAGACCAGAACAAGCAGCCAAACAGCCCGUGGAGGCCCCGCUGAAACAGCAGCACUUGAAUCCCCAGCCAGGGGAAAACGAGCAAUUCCUGCAUUCACACAUUCUGCAGCAGAUGCUUCAAAAACAGGUGCAGCAGGUGCCACUGCCACGUGGUCCGCAGCUAACCCCAAACCAGCAGCAGGCUCUGCACAUGAAAAAUAAAGACCUGCCCCAAACCGUUUCCCACUCCCAAAGCAGUGCUGAGCAGCCCCUAGACAGGACACCCUUCAGCCAGCUGAAAGCAGACGAAUGUUUCCAUGCCGGGAGUAAAUACCUGAAGUCGGCUGCGGCGUUCCCGCUGCACAGCCCUCAGCCGGGCCUGGAGCAGGUGCAGGGUGUGAACAGCAAAGCUCCCCUUUACGCUCAGAAAGCCAGCGCUGGUCUGCAGCACCCCUGCCCCAACAAUACGCGCUUCGUCGCCGAGAAGGAGGAGAACGCCGCAAAUGCCGAACGCUUUGGAGCCAGCAGAAUGCAGGACUUGCAACAUGUGCAGUAUUUUUCAAACAACUUGACCGCAAAGCAAGAUGUGAAUCACUGUUUUCAAGAACAAGAGCGACAGACACAAGCAGCUCCGGUUAGACAGCUGCCACCGCUCCGGCAAACACCAUGCUAUGGCGGUGGCCUGAACCAAGACCUCCCCAGCCAACAAGCCACGCAGACUCCCCAGCGGUACGUACCACACGGCCAGCAAACUGCCCCACACUCACAAGACCAGAGAAGCUGUCAUUUGCAGACCCAAACCCCUAAGGAUUUUCAAAAGCAUGCUGCUCUAAGGUGGCAUCUCUUGCAAAAACAGGAGCAACAAGCAUACCAGCAACCCAAACCUGAGAUUGGCCCCAGUGCAGUGCGCAAGCCUAUAAAAAUUGAGGCUGGCACCAAGUCUAAUGUCUGCAUGCGUCCAUCAGCUGGACAGAUGGAACACAAAACGUGGAAAAAAACAAUUAAACAAGAGAAUCAGCACUUUAGCUGCGAGAACAUGCAACAAAAGAGCAUCAUUGAGACAAUGGAACAGCAGCUAAAACAGAUACAGGUCAAAUCACUGUUUGAUCACAAGACUUUUACUAUCAAAUCACCAAAACACGUGAAGGUUGAAACAGCAGGCCCUAUUACCAUCCUGUCAAGAAAUACCAGUGCUGCAGAGUUUGACACUCAGACCCCAACCUUAGAUCAACAAGCAAACUUGUCUGCUGAGAAAACCCCGACCAAAAGAACAGCUGGAACUGUUCUCAAUAAUUUUUUAGACUCACCUUCUAAGUUAUUGGAUACUCCCGUAAAAAAUUUAUUGGACACGCCUGCCAAAACCCAGUAUGAUUUCCCAUCUUGCAGCUGUGUUGAGCAAAUUAUUGAAAAAGAUGAAGGUCCUUUCUAUACCCAUCUAGGAGCCGGUCCUAAUGUGGCAGCUAUUAGAGAAAUCAUGGAAGAAAGAUUUGGACAGAAGGGUAAAGCUAUAAGGAUUGAGAGGGUUGUCUACACUGGGAAAGAAGGCAAAAGUUCUCAAGGAUGUCCAAUUGCUAAAUGGGUAGUCCGCAGAAGCAGUCGGGAGGAAAAANUCCUCGGCGUCGGCCGCGAGCGGGCGGGCCCCCCGUGCGAGCCGGCCGUGAUCGUCAUCCUCAUCCUGGUCUGGGAGGGAAUCCCCACGAGCCUGGCUGACAGGCUCUACUCGGAGCUCACCGACACGCUGAGGAAGUACGGCACGCUCACCAACCGGCGCUGCGCCCUGAACGAAGA